AUGGCUGCUAUUAAUCCGAUGGACUUUUUGCUCUGGCUGUCGGAAGAGCUUGAGACGAGAGAUUGGGACUCGGCCACCGUGGGAACGCAAAUGGGCCUGACCAUGAACUUUCUGUUCCUGCUUGCGCGCGCCAAUUCAGGUUCUACAACCAAGAGUGAUGACAUUUUCAGUGACGAUACCAGUUCUGGCUGGCUUUCAUUCGUUGUUCAUCCUUUUGUUUGGAUCCUCGCUGCGUUCUCUUUUACCAACGCUUUCUACACGAUCACACGAACUCGCAAGUACCGGCUCUUUCUAGCCAAGGUCGACAAGCCGAUGUCAACGCCCUCUGCGCGCCGCGUGAAAGUCAACCAGUUCGGCGCAUCACCUUCUACACCCCUGAGCUACCUCGCGAAUCUGAUAACACCUGAAUCUGCGGAGUCACGAGCUCAUCCCGACAAGGCAUCGGACGUUUGGGAGUUGUCGAUUUGGGAUCCUCUCCCAGUUUCACUGAGGCUUGCUUGCCUCUUCGGUCCUGGGCAUGUCUUGGUUUACAUGAUAUUUCUCCCUCUGGCUCCCCUCGAUCCCCGGCCGAGCGUGACAGUUCUCAACACUUUGCUUUUACAAAUUCUCGUCUCUGCUCAGCUUCUCUUCUUCUGCUCUCAAUUUGCGCAGCAAGCAAAGGAUAAGGCCGUGAUUCAGGAGCAAGUGAUGAAGGAGUAUGACACCAAGUUUGUUCAUCCUCGUCUUCACCCUACAGUUCGCGAUAUCGGAACACAAUUCUCUAUGGAUCAGCCCAGUGACUACAAGGAAUUCGUCCAAACCGGCACUCCUACUGUUCAGAUCCGCCACGGUUUCCAAACCCACUUCAACCCAUACACUGGAGCCACUGAUACCCCUGACGAGCGAUCGGUCACACCAAGCUCCAACAACGUCCUGAAGCCACACAUGUUCACGCCCCCUACAGCAACUCGACGAUCAGAAGCCUUCAGACCUGCUACCGGCCAAAGAAGUGUCGUGCCUCGUCAAAGUUUACCCUCAGGCUACACAUCGACUGGUACCUCCUCAGGGGUUCAGGGGAUCAACUUUGGUGGAAACAUGGGCAUACAUACCCACAACAGGUCACCCCUCAAAAAGGCCACAAGCUUAAAGGAACUGAACCCUGAAGGGGCGGCAUCUCCGCGCAACUCUCGAGAAAUGGCAGCAUACGAGCAGCGAAAUUGGGGAGCAGGAACGCCAUCUAGAAAGGCAGAGAGCCGUCGAUUGACGAGCUCAAAACUAAGUGGCGGCGGCAAUCUCUUUGCAGGGGUGAAUCGGCAACAAGCACCACCGGAGAGCCGGCGUCCUCUUUGGUAG